AUGAGCAGCGCCACGGCCGUUGCCUCGUUUGAGGUGGAGGCCAGUUACUGGCUGGGCUAUCUGCGCGGAGGCUGGGCUCGUCGUUGCUUGGUCGUUGAUCGAAUGUACCUGCACGUGAAGGAGUCCUUUGCCACACUGGCGGAUGAAGAGCUGCUUCUUCUGGGUCAGCUCACUCACGUACAGACCUACAACAAGGAAGAGCGCUUUGGUGCCUCCUUUUCAAGUCCCGCGGGCAGCCACUACAUUUUGUUUGAUGAUCAGGCCACGCAGCUUCGCUGGCUCGUCAUCCUCCGAGGUGGAUUGCCGCCAGCAAAUGCCGAGAGUACCCCUGUGGACCGCCUGCCCAGCUAUCGCUCGGCAACCACAAAUACAAAGGCUACAUAG